CCGGCCGCGACCGGCAGCAGCAGCCCCGCCUUGACGAGUCGUCGGCCGGGUGACUCGCGCUCGGGCUCUAUAAAACUCCGUCCUCUCGCCGGCCGGCUACACCCAUCAGUCGACCAGGUCCUCCUCCACUCCACCGCAGACGAGCCAGAGAGAAGCCAUAGCACAAGCACAGGCGCGCAAAGAGAAAGAGCGCCCAGGCCGCCAGGCGCGCCAAGAAGAAAGCACCCGCCCGGUGGUCUACUCCGUCAGUAUGGUUGCGGCGAUCGCGGUGGCGUCGGCGGGGCUCGGGAUGCUGGCGGGCGUCGCCAUGGCCAACAGGUCGUCGUCGUCGUCGUCCGAGGCCGGCGCCGCGCAGUGGAGGCCCGGGGGUGGCCCGGCGCUGCGCUGGGGCGCCCCGCGCUGCGAGGCGUGCGGCGGGUCCGGCAAAGAGGAGUGCCGCCUGUGCGCGCGCUGGUCCGACGCCGCCGGGGCCGCCGCACGCGGGAAGAAGAACGGCCGGUCCGCCGGGUGCGGGGCGUGCGCGGGCACGCGCCGGACGCCGUGCCGGUGCUGCGGCGGGUCCGGGACCGGCCGCCGCGCGCCCGUGCGCAUCGCCACGUCCGCGCGCGCCGCACCGACCGCCCGGACUUCCUCCAGAUGACCACCAGACUACGACCAUCCGUCGCGGCGACGCGCCGAUGCCGAUGACGACGCCGACGCCGACGCCUGUUCGCCUCUCCUCGACCGGGCUCUCCCGGAUCAUGGACGAAGGCCGGCGGCUCGGCGACCUGCUGGCACUGGCACACCGGAAUCACGGCGCGGAGCUGUUGCUGCUGCUUCUUUUUUGGGUGGAGUCGUGGAGAAAAUAUUAUAGAGAGAUUGUAGUAGUAUAUCUUAGCGCACUAGAUUUGUUAGCAAAUUUAUUGAUAUAUAUGCUAUAUUUGCAUACCAAGAUUAGUUUACACCGCA